AUGGGCUGCGUGCUGUUGCUGGGCACGCUGUCGAGGCUGUCGAACUCCGCCGCUCGUCCGGAGGCCCCUUGCUCGACGCUGGAGUCGCUCGCUCACGACCCCGACUUCGACUCGCACAGCAGGCGACUCCAGCCAAACGCUGUUGACGUCUGCUCGAGCAGGAUAAGGAGGCUAGUCGGAUGCUGCGACGACGAGUGCAUCUUUGUGGGCCAGAUCCGCGCGAUCUUCCAGCACGACAGCGAGUUCCAGGCGAUCGCGCCGAUGCUCGCCAAGCAGACGUCGCUCCUCAUCAUGGGCCGCGGGUACCAGCACGCGACCUGCCUCGAGGCUGCCCUCAAGAUCAAGGAAUUGAGCUAUCUGCACAGUGAGGGCAUCUUGGCGGGCGAGCUGAAGCACGGCCCGCUGGCGCUCAUCGACGAGAGCAUGCCCGUGAUCCUGGUCAUGACGCAGGACUCGAUCUACCCGAAGGUGCGGUCGGCGCUGGAGCAAGUGACGGCCCGCAAGGGCGCGCCGAUCAUCAUCGCGAACGACACGGACCCGUCGUUCGACGACGGCAGGCACCGCGUGAUCCGCGUCCCGCGCACGGUCGACUGCCUCCAGGGCAUCCUCAACAUCAUCCCGCUCCAGCUCCUCUCGUACCACGUCGCGAUCGCGCGCGGGUGCAACGUCGACAUGCCCCGCAACCUCGCCAAGUCCGUCACCGUCGAGUAG